AUGCCGACACGUGUCUCAGUCGUGACAGGUUGAUCGGAAAUUGAACAUCAAAAAUAGGUGGAACUAUUUCAGUAAGUGAUUCCUCCUUCGAAGGCAAAAGGGCUGACGAAAGCGGUCCCACCCUCGCUCGACUAGUGGCAGCCUCUGAAAAGUUCGCACGACGAUUAACUGGAGCUCCAAUAAUUCUCUCAGAGCCCACGUGGAGCUCGUCGGAGAUGUCCACGUUGUUCCGGACGUUUUUCAAGAAAUAGCAUCAAAGCUGCAAGAAUUGAUUCCUACUUCCGGUAAACACGAAAAAGUUGUGUAAUUAAGGAUCAACGGGCCCUUUCAUUCAGAUCUUGAAAUGAACUAAAAUUUUUUUGUAGUGUGAAGUUAAAACUCUUGAAAUAGAAUGAUGAUAAAUAAAAUCAACUUACUUUGACACGGUCCACGGAGCGCAAAACAAGUACGAACAGUAAGAAGGUUCUUGACCGAACUUGUACAGAAAAUCUAUUGAAUUGCAAAACUUUCAGGUUUUUGUUCCGAAAAAAAUGGACACAACGGCCUUGAUUUGGAAAGUCUCAAGACGCUCUAUCAAAUGAGUUACUAGUGUUUGCUGUAAUUAUGUCAAAUAUCUUAAAUUGGUGAAUGAAACGGAUUCCAUAAUAACAUUAAAUAAAUAGAAAAAUAGCAUGCAUGAAAGUAUUGAAAUGAAAUUUUCGCUGCAGACGUAAUUAUAACAACUGGAGGAACAGGCUUUGCCCCACGUGACGUCACUCCCGAGGUUUUCAACUGUGGGAGGCUCGCGAAUUGCGACGAUUGCAGGCGACGCUGUCAGUUUUGGAGCGACGCUGUGGCGGCUUGGAGACGGCGCUUCACAUGCGUUCUCUUCAGGCGACGCCGAUGGCUGCGCUUUCGCGAGCGGUCGUCGGAAUCGCAAGUCGCACACUCAUCAUAAACUUCCCAGGCAGUGUCAAGGCAGUCAAGGUUCGCUCUCCAUACAAUGUGAAAUGACUUACGAAGAACACAUCACUCAUUUUUUUUUUCUUUUUUUUUUGAAUACGCUCGUUGGAGACCAAAAGCAGCUUAAACUUACAUUCUCUAUUUAUUUCACUUUCAGAUUGAGCCAAAUGUUCAGGCAGUGUAAUGUCAAUUUUUCGUCAGCUGAAAGACGAUGGAUGGUCCUGUUGCGUUCGCGAAGCGACUCAUGCCGGAAUGCGGGCAGAGCACCCCAAAAGCUUUUUAAAAAAGACCUUUAAGGGUACUGAACAGAUCUUUUUAUUUUAUUUGCAUCUUUUUCACAUCCCUUAACAAAAAGAUGCUGGAAAGCAAUUAACAAGUUUUCAGAAAAUUCCAAAAGAAUCCUCUGAGAAACUCGAAAGCUUUUUCCAUUACUUUGGGAGCUUUAGUAGAACCGUUCCAGCUCCUUCUGAUCGAAGGAGCUUUUCUCGUUUCACCUAUUUAAUAUCUAAUCAAAAGACGAGCGAAAUUCAGAGAAAACGAAUUUUUCGAUUAAAAAAAAACGAACAUUACAAUAGAAUUAGAAGUUGAUGAUAUUCGAAAAAACUAAACAAAAAGGUCGCACGUCUUUUAGUAUGCAGUUUGCGCCGAGAGCCGCUUCACGACCGCAACAAGACUCCCUAUAGGGAACGUGCGUUUAACGCCUAUCAAGUCAGGGAAGUUUGACCGAAGUUAGUGACUUCACCAUUAGAAAGCCACUUAGAAAACUCAUUUUCUGGUUAAAAGGACAUUAUUUUAACCUAUUCUGGUAGACGAAUUUUAAUGUUGUUGUUUUGGGAACACAGAAAUUUUUGUUUUUAUUCAAUAAUGGCUACACGCUCGCCUGAAAUGAUGUGUGAACUUUAGGAGUGCUGGGAAGUUGUGGAGAAAGUUGUUGACCACGCGGUCGCCCUCAUCUGCGAGCAGGAUGACGGCAGUGUACAUCGAGUCCUUGGAGCUCAAUCGUGA